UCUCCCCUGGCCCCAUGUUGGCAUCCAGCCCUGGAUUGAGCAGCUGCCGCCUCCACUCUGCAGCCCUGCCCUGGAGGGCCUUCACCAAAACCAAGCCUGGCCACUCCCCAGGCCCUGCACCUCCCACCAGCUGAGGGUUCCACAUCCUGAGUACUGGGAUCCCCCAGGACACGCUGUGGCUCCCACACCCUUGCUGGGGCCCUGACCCACCUGAGUUCCUCAGGUCUCACCUGCCCAGAUCUCUGCAGACCCUAUACCCCAGCUGGUGGCCACAGUGUUCCUCACCUGCUGGGUGCCUAGCCCUGUUGCAGGUUCCUGCAAUGUUGCUACCUCUGCGUCCCCUCCUUCUCCUGGCCCUAGACCUGGGGCUGACCAGAACUCUCAACUCCAAUGACCCCAAUACCUGCAGCUUCUGGGAAAGCUUUACCACGACCACCAAAGAGUCCCACUCCCGGCCCUUCAGUCUGCUCUCCUCUGAGCCCUGUGGCAAGUCCUGGGAGGGUCUCCACACCUGUCCCCGGCCCACGGUUGUCUAUCGGACUGUGUACCGCCAAGUGGUGAAGACAGACUACCGCCUGCGCCUGCGCUGCUGCCAGGGCUUCUACGAAAGUAGUGGGACGUGCAUCCCGGUCUGUGCUCAGGAGUGUGUCCAUGGCCGCUGUGUGGCGCCCAAUCAGUGCCAGUGUGUGCCAGGCUGGAGAGGCAACGACUGCUCCAGUGCAUGUGCCCCCAGAAUGUGGGGGCCGCAGUGUGACCAGCCCUGCUACUGUGGCAACAACAGCUCCUGUGAUCCUAUGAGCGGGGUGUGUUCCUGCCCCUCUGGCCUGCAGCCUCCUAACUGCCUUCAGCCGUGCACCCCUGGCCACUAUGGGCCUGCCUGCCUGUUCCAAUGCCAAUGCCAUGGGGCACCCUGUGAUCCCCAGACUGGAGCUUGCUUCUGUCCCCCAGGGAGAGAAGGGCCCAGCUGUGAUGUGUCCUGUCCCCGGGGCACUGCUGGCUUCUUGUGCCCUACAACCCAUCCUUGCCAAAAUGGGGGUGUCUUCCAGGCCCCCCAGGGCUCAUGCAGCUGUCCACCUGGCUGGAUGGGCACUAUUUGCUCCCUGCCCUGUCCAGAGGGCUUCCACGGACCUAACUGUUCCCAGGAAUGUCGCUGCCACAAUGGUGGCCUCUGCGACCGAUUCACUGGGCAGUGUCGCUGUGCUGCGGGCUACACAGGCGAUCGGUGCCGUGAGGAGUGCCCAGUGGGCAGCUACGGGCCGGAUUGUAAUGGGACGUGUGACUGCGCCCCGGGUGCGCGCUGUUUCCCCGCCAACGGCGCAUGUCUGUGCGAACACGGCUUCACUGGGCACCGCUGCACCGAGCGCCUCUGCCCUGACGGCCUGUACGGCCUCAGCUGCCAGACUGCCUGUACCUGCGACCCGGAGCACAGUCUCAGCUGCCACCCGAUGCACGGCGAGUGCGUGUGCCGGCCGGGCUGGGCAGGCCUGCACUGCAACGAGAGCUGCCCGCGGGACACGCACGGACCGGGCUGCCAGGAGCACUGCCUGUGCCUGCACGGCGGCGUCUGCCUGGCCGACAGCGGCCUCUGCCGGUGCGGGCCGGGCUACACGGGGCCCCACUGCGCCAGCCCGUGUCCCCCUGAUACCUACGGAGUCAACUGCACCUCGCGGUGCUCGUGCGAAAACGCCAUCACCUGCUCACCGGUCGAUGGCACUUGCGUCUGCAAGGAAGGUUGGCAGCGUGGUAACUGCUCUGUGCCCUGCCCACCUGGAACCUGGGGCUUCGGUUGCAAUGCCAGUUGCCAGUGUGCCAAUGGAGGAGUCUGCAGCCCCCAAACUGGAGCCUGUACCUGCACCCCUGGGUGGCAUGGGGCCCACUGCCAACUACCCUGCCCGAAGGGGCAGUUUGGCAAAGGUUGUGCUGGCCGCUGUGACUGUGACCACUCUGAUGGCUGCGACCCUGUUCAUGGACACUGCCAGUGCCAGGCUGGCUGGACAGGUACCCAUUGCCACCUGCCCUGCCCUGAGGGCUUCUGGGGAGCCAACUGCAGCAAUACCUGCACCUGCAAGAAUGGGGGCACCUGCCUCCCGGAGAAUGGCAACUGUGUGUGUGCACCUGGCUUCCGAGGCCCAUACUGCCAGAGACCUUGCCAGCCGGGCCGCUAUGGCAAACGUUGUGUACCCUGCAAGUGCAAUAACCAUUCUUCCUGCCACCCUGUGAAUGGGACCUGCUACUGCCUGGCCGGCUGGAAAGGCCCUGACUGCUCCCAGCCAUGCGCCUCGGGCCACUGGGGGGCUAACUGUGCCCAGUUGUGCCAGUGUCACCAUGGUGGGACCUGCCACCCCCAGGAUGGGAGCUGUGUCUGUACCCCAGGCUGGACCGGCCAACAUUGCUCAGAAGGCUGCCCUCCAGGGACCUUUGGUGCCAACUGUUCCCAACCAUGUGAGUGUGGUCUUGGAGAGAAGUGCCACCCAGAGACAGGGGCCUGUGUGUGUCCCCCGGGGUACAGUGGUGCACCCUGCAGGAUUGGAAGCCAGGAGCCUUUCACCAUGAUGCCUACCUCUCCAGUGGCCUAUAACUCGCUGGGUGCAGUGAUUGGCAUCGCAGUGCUGGGAUCCCUUGUCGUGGCCCUGAUAGCACUCUUCAUUGGCUACCGCCAUUGGCAAAAGGGCAAGGAGCACCAGCACUUGGCAGUGGCGUACAGCAGUGGGCGACUGGAUGGCUCAGAGUAUGUCAUGCCAGAUAUUCCUUCAAGCUACAGUCACUACUACUCCAACCCCAGCUACCACACCCUGUCACAGUGCUCUCCCCACCCCCCGCCCCCUAACAAGGUUCCAGGCAGCCAGCUCUUUGCCAGCCUCCAGGCACCCGAGAGGGCAGGUGGAGCCCACAGGCAUGACAACCAUGCUACACUACCUGCUGACUGGAAGCACCUCCGGGAGAGCUCUCCAGGACCUCUGGACAGGGGUGGCAGCCGCCUGGACCGAAGCUACAGCUAUAGCUAUAGGCAUGGUAAGGGCCCAGGCCCUGUGUCUAAUAAAGGGAACAUCUCUGAAGAGGAGCUGGGGACCAGCUUGGCUUCCCUGAACAGUGAGAACCCAUAUGCCACCAUCCGAGACCUGCCCAGCCUGCCAGUAGGUCCCCGGGAGAGCAGUUACGUGGAGAUGAAAGGCCCCCCUUCAGCUUCUCCUCCCAGGCAGGCUCUUCAGCGUCGGGACAGCCAGCGGCGGUGGCAGCCCCAGCCACAGAGAGACAGUGGCACAUAUGAGCAGCCCAGCCCCCUGAUCCAUGAUCGAGACUCCACGGCCUCCCAGCCCCCUCUUCCUCCAGGUCUGCCCCCUGGCCACUAUGACUCACCCAAGAACAGCCACAUCCCCGGACACUAUGACUUACCUCCAGUACGGCACCCCCCGUCACCCCCACUUCGGCGCCAGGACCGCUGAGGAGCCAAGAUGAUACAGAGGAAGCCUGCGAACCUGGUCCUUGCUGUCCAAGGCUGGGGACAGAGCUUUGUGUGUACUGCCAGGAGCAGGGAGAAGACUGGCAGGCCAUGACGCGAACAUAUUUAAUGAAGGAAGUGAAUGGAGAACUAGGAGCCUCGCUCCAGGUUCUGUCAGGGGAGACAGUGGUUGGCAGGAUGCCUGAUUCCCUUUUAUGGACCUGCUGCUCCCCGAAGCCCCCUAGGGCCCUGUGUACGUCAGCUGAUGGGUGAAAGUGGCUGGGUGACUCUGGUUUCAGAUUGAUUUUUAAAAUGUAUAAUGGGUACCUUUCUUGCACAUGCCCUGCAGGGUGGGGUGUG